AUGACGAAUGAGGCAACAUUAGUUACGCCAGAUCCUUGGUCAAUGAAAACCAAUUUAACAAGUUCCUAUCAGCAAACACUGUCUGACCAAUUAAACCAACCAACAAGACAAGCGACAUUUGUUGGUGCAAUACUUGCGUUUGUAUUUAUAUUUUUUGGUCUCAUUGGAAAUGUUAUUCUAAUAACAACAAUACUUUCUGUGAAAAAACUUCGAUCUCAUAUUAUAAAUAUUUUUAUUGUUUCGCUGCAAUUUAAUGAUUUACUUAAUAUUGGUUUUAAUCAAUUUUUUGUCGGUCUGUCGUACGCUAAUCGUGGUUGGCUGGGCGGUCCUAUAUUAUGCAAAUUAGUUACGUAUUUUUCAACGAUUUGUAUGGGCUGUCUUCUUUGGCACCAUUGUCUGAUUGCCAUACAUCGAUUAAUUGUUGUUGUUUAUCCAAAUUUACUACGUCGUAUGUCAAUAAGAAUUUAUAUUAUCGUUUCACUUGUUAUAACAAGAAUAUUACCUAUAUUAUGUUGUAUACCAUCAUUUUUAACAGAUUCUAUAGCUUAUUCAUCACAAGCAUUACGUUGUUCAAUAUGUAAUAAAUUUCAAAUCUAUAUUAAUAUAACAAUACUUAUUUUAUUACCAAAUGUAAUUAUUAUAUUUUGUUUUGUUGGAAUAUUUUUGCAUGUUUUACAUGCAACACAUGUAAGCGGAAGAAGAAAUAAUACGACAGUAUCAACGUCACAUUCAUUAAGACGUGAAAUACGUAUAACAAAAAUGUUUGCUGCUUUAUUUACAUUAUUUUUUCUUGGAUAUCAUCCAUACGGUUUUGUACGUGCAUAUGAUAAGCGUCGUCAACUACAUCCGGAUAUAUAUGUUCUAUUAACAUUACUGUAUUGUAUUUCAAUAUGUGCAUCACCACUAGUCUACGGUAUUAUGAAUAAUCAAUUGCUUCAUGAAUCCAUGAGAGUUGUAUUUAAUUGUUGGCAUUGUCAAAAAAUCGAUAAUUGUAAAAAGUAUUCCCAUCAGCGAUUAAAGACAAAGGCAAAAAAAUCUUCAAUACUAACUAACGGUAUUAAUAAUGCCAAUUGUAAUCGUGUAAAUCCACCAAUAACAGUGUCUAUGCAUACAUCAACAUCAAGAUCCUUAAAAAACGAAACUAAUUCUAUAACCGUAUUGGAUACAUCUCAUGUUUAA